CCGACCGGAGAGCACCGCAGCGCCCCGACACCGACCGGCCGACGAAUCGGUGGAUUUUGAUGACGGGAGCAGGGCGCAGUCAGAGGAGGCGGACGUGUUUGUGCGCAGCUUCCAGAGGGAGCGUUUGAUCCGGAAUCUGAGGAUACGGCUUCUUUGGGCUGCUGAAGGUUGACAUCACGGUUGUCCUUCCACGCGCUGACACCGUCCACUGUGUCCUCGAGGAGCCCUCUUUAACCGUGGAGCUUCUUCGUGGCCAAAUGGAUGUGACUGCGUGAGGAGAAUACUAAUGAACGGCGCGCUGCGUCCUGCCGAGGCGCACCGCGUCCCCCGCUACUGCUGAGGGCCACAUCGGAGCCGAUCAGUCAUCCAGAGCGCACCGGGGCCUGCGCACCUCCCCUGCUUCUGCACGGGGAUUCAUGAGCGGGGUCUGAGCUCCGGAGCUGGGUUAUUUUCCUAAAACCGGGCGGUGGAUACAAGAAAAAAACAUGGGCAACAGCUUCUCCAACAUCUCUGCCUUCCAGUCUCUCCACAUCGUCAUGCUGGGUUUGGACUCUGCGGGGAAGACCACAGUCCUCUACAGACUCAAAUUUAACGAGUUUGUCAACACGGUCCCCACGAUCGGCUUCAACACGGAGAAGAUCAAGCUGAGCAACGGCACCGCGAAGGGCAUCAGCUGUCACUUCUGGGACGUGGGGGGCCAGGAGAAGCUGAGGCCGCUGUGGAAGUCCUACAGCCGGUGCACCGACGGGAUCAUUUACGUGGUGGACUCCGUGGACGUGGACAGGCUCGAGGAGGCGAAGACCGAGCUGCACAAAGUCACCAAGUUCGCGGAGAACCAGGGCACGCCGCUGCUGGUCAUCGCCAACAAGCAGGACCUGCCCAAAUCUCUGCCGGUGGCGGACAUAGAGAAACAGCUAGCUCUGCACGAGCUCACCCCCUCCACCACCUAUCACAUCCAGCCCGCGUGCGCGAUCAUAGGUGAGGGGCUGCACGAGGGCAUGGACAAACUGUAUGAGAUGAUCGUGAAGAGGAGGAAAUCCCUGAAACAGAAGAAGAAGCGGUAACAGCUGCUGGUCUGAGGACAGUUUUCAUGGACUGGAAGGAUCCGGGUUCUGCCAGUGUUGCCCUGAACACCUUUUUUUUUUACUUUGCAGUGAUUUUUAAAAAAAAUCCUCAGUUUGGAUUAUUUGACGCUGUGAAGUUUGCUGAAUGAUGCUCCUGCACACUCAGCACGAUCUGACAGGUCGAUCUCACUCAAAAUAUUCUGGGAAAACGGAUUGCCUUGAAAAAGAAGAGUAAAUACAGGGUUCCCAUGGUCAUGGAAAACCUGGAAAAGUCAUGGAAUUUCCCAAUGACAUUUUCUAGACCUUGAAAAACAAUGGAAUAGUAACAUUCACUGAAAGUUUUGGAAAAAUCAUGGAAAUGAGUUGUGUGAUAAAUUAAAUGAUAUUAAUGUAA